GGGCGCGCGAAACAUCUGGAAGGGAGGGGAAGAUGAUUUUGUCAUGUCUUACAGUUGAAAAUUCCCCUUCGUAAGUUGGUAUAUAAAAGGCAAUAUCUAACACAAGAUUAAUAUCAGGAAAAUCAGAAAUCAGUUGAUAAAAGAAACACACUCGCGGUCUCGAGAAUUUGAAGCUUUUGGUUUUGGGUUGGUGGGGUGGAUCGAUUAGCGCUGCUGUGUCAAUUGGAUUUGUGGAAACGUUAGGCUGGACAUUUCGUUUUCUCCCUGUUACUUUAUAUUAAGUUAAAAGAAAAUUUACAUCGUACAUCGACCUCUGGUGGUCUUUGAGCCAGGAAUUUCAACCUGCUAAAGAGCUACCAAGGCUUCUUGGUUUGAAUAAGCUUUACCGAAAAUGAUGCCUGUGUAUAGAUACAUGGACUCACACCCGAUGCGCGGAGACCAUGUACCUCCCAUGCAGCAUUAUCAUCCAAGCAUUGGGGCUGUUCCACCUCAUAUGCAUGUUGAUCCAUCCAAAUCUGCUGCUCUCUAUGGAUUUUGUCCUUAUGGGAACAACUUCGGGUACUCGGUUCCAUGUCAUGCCUGCUGUGGCCAUGGUAACUUCACUGGUUACUAUGGUCCCAGACCUUCUUGUUCUCAUUUUCCACCACCUCAAUAUCAGUGCUAUGGAUAUCCUCCGUAUCAUGAAACUAUGCCUGUACAGUAUGUCCCUUCUCCACAUUAUUCGAUGGAACAGCCAAGAUAUGAAUAUGACAAGGUCGUCUCUAGCAACAAUCAUUGCUGUGGUUGCCGGAGUCACACCCAUGACCAGAAGAGUGAUGAAAGUGUGAAGGUGGAGGAGCUGGAUCCUGACUCUCAGAAGAAAGAAGGCGACUCUUUGGUUCCAUUUCAGGUGAAAAAUUACCCAUACCCAGUUGUGUGGAUCCCACCAGACAAAAUAAAGAACGAAGAAGAUAGAAAACCUGUGGACUCAGAAAUGGCAAGCGGGGAGAAGGCUUCACGAGUUAUGAAGCCUCCUGAGAGUGUAAAGCCACCCGAAGAAAAAACAAGAGUGUGGAAUGGCUGGGUUCCUCUUGACUUGAAAAGCUUUGGACCCUUCAUGCAAGCUGAAGAUCAGAAGAGAACUCAAAAUCAUCAAAAUGAGGACGAAUUGCAACAAUUUCCAUUUCCUAUAUUCUGGUUGCCACCAUACAACAAACAGAAUGACACUUCCAACAAAGAUGGUGCACAGACAAUUGCAUCUUCAAAACCUGUAGACGAGCCACCUUCUGCGGUCAAGUUCUUCCCAGUGAAACUACCUGGCAGCAGCGAUGGCUCUAACAAACUUCUAGAAGGCCAAUACAAUUCUAGAGACCAAGGAAGUUCAGGGACAGAAAGCACUCCUGUUAAACAAAUGGAAUUGCAUGGGGAGAAGGAAGGGGUUAACCGGAAAAGCAUACCUGUGCAGCAAAUGGAAGCAUUUAGGGAGAAGGAAGAUUCUGAAGGCAUUGGUAAGAGAGGUAGAACUGCCUCUUUGAAAAAUGCAGAAGGUAACCCAACUGGUAACUCUUCUGAGACCUGUGCAAAAAGACAAUCCUUAGCCCCCCCAAAGGCAUCGAAGUUACCUCCUGUUUGUUUAAGAGUUGACCCAUUGCCUAAGAAGAAGAAUGGAAGUUCAGGCUCAAGGUCUCCUAGUCCUCCAGGGUCAAAAGGUCAGCUGCAGGAGGCAUCAAAGGACACUUAUAAACCUUCUGCUUCAUCAGAUUUAAAAGCAAAUAUCCAUCAUGACGCACAAGUUCAGAAUGUUGCUCUAAGUAGUGGCAAGGAGGUAGAAGCAAAUAAAAAUGAAGGGAAAAUCAUAGAGGUCGUGCAGAGGAGACGUAUUGAAAACAAGGAUGGUGAAGCAAGGAAUGAAUCUCAAACUCAGACUCCAAUUGCCUUAACAGAUCUUCAAAAGGAGGUCUUCAGAAACCCAAAAGCAGAGGAAGCUGAAACUUAUGAUGACAAAUACGUAAAAAAAGAGGAUCAAGGAGCAAGAGAUGCUAAAGAUUUGGCAGCUGGUGAAGCAACCAAGUCAAAGGAAGUAACAGAUGCAACCAGAUCAGCAAUUGAUGAAAAUAAAGAACAGAGAAAGAACUUAUCAGAUGAAGCAGCCGCCUUGCUUAUACAAUCAGCUUAUCGUGGGUUUGAAGUGAGGAGAUGGGAACCUUUGAAGAAAUUAAAGCAAAUUGCUAAGGUCCAGGAGCAGUUAGUUGUGGUUAAAGAUAAGAUUUAUGCUCUCGAGUCCUCUUCUGACCUCCAGAAAGAUGAUCAGCAAAGGCUAGUCAUUGGAGAAAUGAUAAUGAGCCUUCUGCUGAAAUUGGACGCUAUCCAGGGCUUGCAUCCAACUAUCAGGGAUAUCAGGAAAUCCUUAGCAAGGGAACUUGUAGCUCUACAGGAGAAGCUUGAUUCACUCAUCAUGAAGAAGUGCGAGGAAACUUCUGGCUCCAAAAAUUCUGAGGACCAUCUCGUCACUUCCAGUGUCAUUACAGCAGACCAAGAUGCACAAAAAAUGGAGGUAGGAGAACAGCCAGGUUACUGUCUUUCUCAAAUGGUGGACUCCGUAGGUGACUCGGAGGAUAAGGAAACUUCAAAGUCUCCUAUUAUUAUCAAAGAUGAGCACAGGGAAUCUGAAAAUGAAGGUAGGGAGGUCGAAAUUGAUGGAGGGUCUUAUGUGGCAGAGCAAGAAAACAAGGUUGGCAGUGGAGAGUUCCAAUCUAGUGAAGUUGUUAUGACAGAGAAUGGGCAGGGAAUGUCAGCAAUUGAACAAUCUGUCCUAUCCCAGUCACAGGAAAGAGAUAAAGGGGAGAUCAGGGGAAUUCUACCAGAGAAUAUGUGCUGCAGUCCACAUAACAAGCAACAAGCUGGAUUGAUGAAACUGACCAGUGUAGAAAAUAGUCCUGAAGUGAAAGGAACUGAAGCACCGGCACAUGAAAUAAGUGGGAAGGUGGCUGCCAUUUCUGAUAAAGAGGAAGAAUGUGGAACAGAAAUGGUGGCAGUCAUAGAUGGUGAGGAGAUGGAAUCAAAUGCACCAUGGUCAUCUUCAACUGCUGACUCUCCUGAUUCGACAACUGCUGCAAAAACUAUAGAUGUAAAUUUGCUACAAGAAUUCCCAUUAGGGCUGAUUGAUGACGAGGCACCAGAGAAAUUGGACAACUCGAAUAUUCAGGAGAAUGAAGUUCGAUGUGGUGGAGACAAUAAAGAAGAUACAGAACCGUCUUCAUUAAAUGAGGUAAUAAUCCCAAUUGAGCUAGAGCACCAGUGCAUGGAAGUGCUUAAUAAAGGGGCUUUUCUUGCUGGAUCAGAGGAUUCAGUGAAGGUUGGCCCUGAAAUGGAUGACAGCCAUGAAGAUGCAAUGGUUGGGAUGUGUGCGCAACAACCUCAAGCAUUAGAUGUCAAAAAUGAUGAGGAACAAGUGGAAGUACUUGGACAGGAAAAGGUGCUAGACUUUUCCCGGGAACAAGAGGGAAGCAAUGAAGAAAAGCAGAAAGAUGGACACAGCUGCUCUUCUGAAUUAGCAAACAAGAUCUUUUCUCAAGAGGAGGAAGUGCAAGCUGAGGAAGAAAAAGACAACGAUUGCCAGCCAAUAACAGAUUGUGGAAAUGAAGAAAUGAAGUUGGAAGUAGAGCAAUGCCAUGAUCUAGGGGUCUUGAGUGACAAUGACACCAUGGAAGAUCGGCUGGAUGGAUCAGAAACCACCAAGAGUUUAUCCGUGAUUGGACCGAAACUUUCUCCAAUGGGUGCAGAGUAUGAUGAAGAGAAAGGAGAGGAACUGCCUGCAUCAUCCACUGCCAUUUCUAGCCAGGUAUCUGCUGAUGAACAGGGGAUGGGAAUGGAAAGUCAGAGAAAGCUGGUUGAUGAGAAUGAGAAACUGAGAGAGAUGAUGGAGCGAUUAAUUGAGACAGGAAAGGAUCAGUUGACUGUUAUAUCCAAUCUGACCGAGAGAGUGAAAGAUUUGGAGAAAAAACUGUCCAAGAAGAAGAAAGUAUGGGCAAAACGAACUCCACCUUCCAGUGCAAGGCCAUUAGUCAAGUCCGCAAGGAGAAAAGCUGGUGUUUCAACUUAACCAUAUUGGAUUUUGUGAUGUUCAGUAUGUGAGUGAUAAGUCCGCACGCUCUUUGUAGAUAUGUUCACAUGCCAUAAUAAACACUCUUAUGGAACGCAGGUUUUGUUAGUAUAACGCAUUGUUUCAUUUUCUGUAA